AAUGGAUGUAGCCAAGUAGUCGUUUACCAUGUUCUAAAAUUGAAAAAUGUAACUUUAUGUUCCAACUAUUACGGCUUUUAUCACACAAUGACAGACUACGAAGAAGAACAAGCAAAUGAAAUAGAAGCCUUAGAGUGUAUUUAUGCUGGUGAACUAACUAUCAUAUCAGAUGAUCCACAUUGCUUCACACUUCACAUAUCCUCAGUUGAUGAAGAGGACUCAGCAUCAUGCACUGCCAAAUUCACAUAUACACCCACCUACCCAGAGGAAGCUCCUUUGAUGGAAGUGUCAGAUUAUGAAAACCUUGAAGAUGAUCAGAUUGAUUCACUCCUUGACUUAAUGAAAGAACAGGCAGCAGAAAAUCUAGGGAUGGUCAUGGUGUUCACGAUUGUGUCUGCUGUACAAGAAAAAAUACAUGACUUGGUAGAAGAGACAAAAUCAAAAAAGUUUGAUGAAAAACUAGCUGCUAUACGAAAGCAGGAAGAGGAAGAAAAGAAAAAGUUUGAAGGUACACGAGUGACAGUUGAGACGUUUAUGGCUUGGAAACAGAAAUUUGAUGCUGAAAUGGCAGAAAUCAAGAAACAGCAGGGAAAGAAAGAAAAGAAAGUGAAAGGCUUUACAGGUUAUGAAUUGUUUAUGACGGACCACUCACUUGAUGACUCAGACAUGAAAUUCUUUGAAGAAGAAGAAGAAGAAGCUGUUAAAGUGGAUGAAUCUUUAUUUGAUAAUAUGGAUGACCUUGACCUAGAUGCUGAAUUGGAUGACCUUGACACCUGACCCAGGUCAAAUGACUUUCUAAAUGCCUGUGCUAAUGUGUUUUAAACUGCACUAAGAAACUGUAUCUUAGUUAUUGCAAUAAUACCCUCCUUUAUAAAAUAUAUAAACUGCUUAAAUGCAAAGAA